AAUACAGUUCUAUCAGGAGAGAUCAAUGAUGCGGAGGACCAUAAAAAAACGCAAGACUUGAGGGUAGAUAAUGGAAAUCUGUAGUCGACGCCAGCAUGUCGACUAGCAGAAGCAGGCGUGGGAAAAUGGAGGUACCUAGUACCCAACUUUCAAACGGAAUCCUAGCGCGACUGCUAGAACGAGAUGACUUGGACGGGUUUUUCACGGAGCAAGCAGGGUAAAUGCUUUCAAAUGCAUAUCAGAAAAUCGAUUGUAACCUCAAGAUAAGGGAGAGGCGCUUAUUUGAUCCACUACACAUUCGUGGCCGACCAGACACACAAAAUUAGCAGAUUGGUUUGUGUGUUUCAAGGUACACACAUCGAUGCACAGUGUUUGUGUGUUCAUAAUGAUGAUCGCUACCCGGAAAGAAAAGCGUCAGUCAUUUUUCGCAAACGUGGCGAUCCUCACGCGCUGCUUUUUUCUCGGGAAUCGGUCUGCCGCCUUAGCCGAGAACACAAGUCGAAUCGACCAAGAGACAAAACUCAUUAUAAAAAACAGAGGUGCUCUACUAGUGCCAGACGGAUCAACGGCGUCCACAGCAUGUCGAGAACUCUAGGUGACUGACCAUCGUAUAAAAAAGUGGGUCCUUCUGGUCCCACAUCUUAUCGCCGUUGGGUCGGGUAGUAAGACCAAAUCGCCUGCUCUCACGUCCGACGGCCUACAGAAGGUCUUCGGUACAGGCCAAGAUAUUUUCGAAGAGACCUGUUUCGGCGAAAGCACUCCAACUAUACAUCUAGAAAGUUUCUAAAUGAAGUAACGUGUAACAAAAAUAUGCACAACUGACGGGCAUAUCUGUUGUCAUCAGAUUGGCCGAACUAAAUGACAGCCUGAUUUUCAAUUUGAAGUAGCCCUGUCCUGAAUAUGUAAGACUGAUCUAGACAAAUGUCGUUGAUAAAGCGUGCUCCGUUCUCGCUCUAGAAGUUUGUUUACGACACAAAUGUGUAAUAAUACACACGUAAUAUGACAUACAUACAAAACUAACUUCUCCACACAAAAUUAGUUUGUGUUUGACAGCAAUAAUUAUCAAUUCUUGCGCGUAGACGCGCUGAUAUUAGAUAAAAUCAUGCAGACACUAGAAAUUCGAGAUGUCUGGGCUCACAAUCUAGAAGAGGAGCUAAACUAUAUACGCGAACUGGUUUCGAUUUAUCCUAUGGUCGCGAUGGAUACUGAGUUUCCGGGCGUCGUAGCGAGGCCUAUCGGCCCUUUUAAAUCUCUGAGUGAUUGGCAUUACCAAACACUGAGAUGCAAUGUAGACCUCUUAAAAAUCAUUCAACUAGGGUUGACAUUUUCGGACAUAGAUGGCAACUUGCCGGAUGGGCCGGCGUCCUGGCAGUUUCACUUCCAAUUCUCGCUAGAGUACGACAUGUAUGCGCCUGACUCGAUCGAUCUUCUGACUCGCGCGGGAAUUGACUUCUACAAAAACCAAGCUGACGGUAUCGAUGUCCACGACUUCGGGGAGUUUCUUAUUUCAAGCGGGAUCAUUCUGAACGACCAGGUCAGGUGGAUUUCUUUCCACAGCGGCUAUGACUUCGGGUACAUUUUGAAAAUGCUGACGUGCCAACCGCUCCCUUCAACUGUUGUCGAGUUCCACGAACAGCUGAAGACGUACUUCCCCUGCUUUUAUGACGUCAAAUACUUAAUGAGAAGCUGUAGAAAUCUCCGAGGUGGUUUGAAUGACGUCGCCGAGGAUUUGAAAGUCACCAGAAUAGGCCCACAGCACCAAGCGGGGAGUGAUAGCCUUCUAACGCUUCAAAGUUUCUUCCGCAUGAAGAAGCUGUUUUUUGACAACUACAUCGACGACGAGAAGUACUCUGGUAUUUUGUUUGGUCUGGGACCAAAUAACAAUCCAAAUUUCUUGCGAUCUGUCCCGAGUAUGGAAAUAAGCGGUUGAGUCCACGAGAUAAGGG